AUGAAUUUGAAACCUUAUUAAUUAGGAUAAAUAGAUGAAUUUGAACUUUAGAAUACAUCUAAAGAGGAUUUCCAUACUAAAGUUUAACCAAUUAAAGAACAACCACUUUUUCAUCUUAAUGCUAUUCCCAAGAAAGUACUUGAUAUAUUAAUAAGAUAAUUGCUAUAACUAUCAUGCUUACUAUUUUAGGAAUAACCUUCUUGAUUAUUGGCCUAUUACUCUUAAUUAAACAAACAUCUAAUUAUGAUCAAUAUUUACCUUUAUUAUUCAUUGGCAUUCUAAUGACCAUCCCAGGCAUUUAUUAUAGUUAUAAAAUUAUUAUAUUUACUUAUUCAAGAUCUAGACAAGAACAGGAAUAAAUAAUUUAAGAAUUACCAAUUGAUUACUGA